AGAGUCUGCCUGGUAGACACUACUGCAGGUGCCCGUAGGUUGGACAGACCAUGGCCUGGCCAACAGCUCGACCCCUGCUGGGGUCCUGUGGAAGUCCCGUCUGCAGUCAAAGUUUCCUACUGCUUCUCCUUAGUCUUGGGUGGAUACCACCUCUGCAGACCCAGACGACAAGGAUGAGUCAGGAAACCACAUUCCUCCAUGCUGUGAACGGUGCCAGUGACUUUGCCAGUCUUCCCACAGGCCUCUUUCUCAGCCUGACAUGUGAUGAGCUAUCAGGCCUGAGCAUGGAACAUGCCAAGGAGCUGGCUAUGACUGUGAGACAGAAGAACAUCACGCUCCGGGUACAUCAGCAGCUGCGCUGUCUGGCACGUCGCCUUCCUAAGCACCUCACCAUCGAGGAGCUGGAUGCUCUCCCACUGGACCUGCUGCUCUUCCUCAACCCAGCCAUGUUUCCGGGGCAACAGGCUUGUGCCCACUUCUUCUCCCUCAUCUCUAAAGUCAAUGUAGAUGUACUCCCACGGAGAUCUCUGGAGCGUCAGAGGCUGCUGACGGAGGCUCUGAAAUGCCAGGGUGUGUAUGGAUUUCAAGUCAAUGACGCAGAUGUGCGGGCUCUCGGAGGCCUGGCCUGUGACCUGCCUGGGAAAUUUGCGGCCAAAUCUUCAGAAGUCCUCCUCCCCUGGCUGGCAAGAUGCCGAGGGCCCCUGGACCAGGGCCAGGAAAAGGCAGUCAGGGAGGUUCUGAGAAGUGGAAGAGCUCCAUAUGGCCCCCCGUCAAAGUGGUCAGUCUCCACCCUGGACGCUCUGCAGGGCUUGCUGGCAGUGUUGGAUGAGUCCAUCAUCCACAGCAUCCCCAAGGAUGUCAUAGCUGAAUGGCUGCAACGCAUCUCCAGAGAUCCUUCCUGGCUGGGAUCUAAGCUGACUGUCAUACACCCAAGGUUCCGGCGGGACACAGAACAGAAAGCCUGCCCUCCAGGGAAGGAGGCCACUGUGGUGGAUGAAAACCUCAUUUUCUACCAGAAUUGGGAGCUGGAGGCUUGUGUAAAUGGUACCAUGCUAGCCAGCCAGAUGGACCUUGUGAAUGAGUUUCCCUUCACCUACGAGCAGCUCAACAUCUUCAAGCACAAACUGGACGAGACCUACCCACAAGGCUAUCCUGAGUCUCUGAUCCAGCAGCUGGGUCACUUCUUCAGAUAUGUUAGCCCUGAGGACAUCCACCGGUGGAACGUGACCUCACCAGACACAGUGAAAACUCUGCUCAAAGUCAGCGAAGGACAAAAGAUGGAUGCUCAGGUGAUUGCCUUGGUCGCCUGCUAUCUUCGAGGAGGAGGCCAGCUGGACGAGGACAUAGUAAAAGCCCUGGAGGACAUCCCAUUAAGCUACCUAUGUGACUUCAGCCCCCAGAAUCUGCACUCUAUACCCUCCAGUGUUAUGUGGCUGGUCGGGCCCCAAGACCUGGACAAGUGCAGCCAGAGGCAUCUGGGUAUCCUCUAUCAGAAGGCCUGCUCAGCCUUCCAGAACCUGAGUGGAACGGAAUACUUUGAGAAAAUCAGGACAUUCCUGGGCGGGGCCUCCAUGGCGGACCUGCGGGCCCUCGGUCAGCACAAUGUGAGCAUGGACAUAGCCACUUUCAAGAAGCUGCAGGUGGAUUCCCUGGUGGGGCUGAGUGUGGCUGAGGUACAGAAACUUCUGGGGCCACACAUUGUGGACCUGAAGACAGAGGAGGAUAAAAGCCCCAUCCGGGACUGGCUUUUUCGGCAGCAGCAGAAAGACCUGGACAGGCUGGGUUUGGGACUUCAGGGUGGCAUCCCCAAUGGCUACCUGGUCCUGGACGUCAAUGUCCGAGAGGCCUUCUCCAGUGGAGCCCCACUCCUUGGGCCAGGAUUUGUGUUUGCAUGGAUUCCAGUUCUGCUCCCAGCUUUAAGACUGAGCUGAGACCACCACCCCUAAAGCUCCUGGCCCCAGCUCUACAGGGGCCAUCUUGACCAGGAAGGACUACCAGGGGUCAUUGCCAAAGUUUGAGGACUCUUGAAUUCAAUAAACAGUGGCAUGUGCCCCCUUGA